AAUUUGCCACCAUGGACAGGACCAUGGACAUGAUUGAAGACUACCUCGACGCUCUCGAGGAGAUCUUCUACUCAUCGCUUUCGGCAGCGAGGCCUGAUAUUCCAAGGAUACGCGACAGCUUCAACCAGCUCUGGACCGACGUUACUCGAUACGGGCCUGGUAUCCCUAAACAUAUCCCGGGCCUAGGCGACUUUGAGGUCCCGCCUCCUCCUCCACCACCGCCGCCUCCUGCGACAUGGGUGGAGAAUACGGCGGAUUGGAUCGAGCGGAAUCCGUGGACGACAGGCGGGAUUGCCGUUGGUGUCGUCGGUACCGGGCUCUUAGUCGGAUAUGGUGGCGUCUACAUGCGCACGGUCCGUGCACGCAGGCUGAAGGCCCUUGCGACUGAGAAGCGCCAAGUCGUCGUGGUUCUUGGUGGUGACACUCCGUUGGGCCUGUCGCUCAUCAGCGACCUCGAACGGAAAGGAUACAUCGUCAUUGCCAGCGUCUCUACCCCGGAGGCGGUGGAUCUACUUGAACGACAGAGCCAUGGAUUUGUUCGGGCCUUGGUGCUGGAUCCUACUGAGCCCGGCACAAUACCGGUAUUCUUGCGCUCAUUAUCCUCGGCUCUCUCCCGACGUUUCCCACUGAAUUCACCGGGAGAUCCUUUCACAUCUCCGGCCUCGCAUCCAUACGUCCACGCUGUUGUCUCGCUCCUCUCGCUAGCCGGCCCGGCCCACCACGCUCCCUUUGAGCACAUCUCCCUUCAAUCAGACUACCUUGCUUACCUCACAGCUACUCAGAUUACUCCACUACAGGUCAUCCAGUCUUUACUCCCCCUCCUCCGGAACGUCCCCUCCAAAGGCAAGAAACCCAUCAUCGUCUGUCUUCCCGCCACAGACGCGCGUGUUGGGCUCCCCUUCUCGUCCUUGCAGAGUAUGAGCGCCGCUGGUACCCUUCGCGCAGUAGAAGUUCUCCGUCGCGAGAUACAGGUAGCUGCACUCACCGGCAAGACCGAGGCCAUGAGGAACAUCAGCGUCGUCGUUGCCGAUGUUGGAUCGUUCAAUGUCGGGCCGCCCACGCACUUCUUACCGCCGGAGGAUGUAUACAAGGCUAUGGAAAGUUGGAGCGUUUCUGAGAAGAUCACUUAUGGUCCAGGGUUCGCUGCCAUGGCCCAGCAAUCGAUCACACCCAAGUCCAAGUGGGAGACAUUUACCGGGUAUUUCCAGAAUGACGCUCGGUAUGGCGUAGCUCGUAAACCAACGGAUGUUAAAGUCUUUGUGGAUAAUAUCGUCGGCGUCGUGAGCAAUGGACAAUUCGGUUGGUCCUUUCUGGGCUUCAAUCUCUGCUUUGGGGUCGUAAAGAACUGGCUUCGUGGGGAACGGUUUUCAGUAGGGGCUGGUGCACACACGUACAAACUAGCUUCUGUUCUUCCGUCUCUGAUCUUGGAUACUCUGUUAAACAUCCCGUACAUCCUCAUUUCUGUGCGUAAUGCACUCCUCCCUACUCAGCCAUUUGUCCGUCCUCCUCCUCCUACCGUGGAACAGGCCGUCGAGCCGCAGUCCGAGACGCAUCCCGAGAGCGAAGCUGAGGACGGCAACGAGAGCGGGUCUGAGGCAGAUGUAGAGAGCAAUUCCGGCGAAGGGCCGACGGCAAGCUGGGUGAGGCUCAAAAAGUCGAGCAGUGAAGAGGCCAAUGUUUGAAGGCCAUUUUUAAAGGUUGGAGGUGAUCUUUUUGAGGGAGCAAAUCUUAAAUCCCCACUCGACAACCGCGAGAGUGCUACCUACAUAUUGGAACCAAUGGUGUAAAGAGAUGUACUAUAGUCAAGGAUGUAGGACUGAUUGUUGUUGUUGUAACUAGCCCUUUUGUACCACUCAUUGUGAUAAUUGAAGAAACGCAAUAUAUUAUAUGUUUACGU